CGGCAGCGGAGCCAACUGGGGAGGAGCUCGGUGCGCUUUAAGAGCCGCGCGCCAGUCACGGCGCGCUGCAGCGGCGGCCGUCGCGUUACCAUGGAGACGACGGCCGGACCGGUCGCUAUGGAGACGGUGGUGCCCUGGCUGCCGGGCGGACCGCGCCGCAGGGAGGCGCGGAGGCACGCGCUGCUGGUGGUGAUCGGGGAGGUCGGCACGGAGCCGGAGCGCGGGGCGCUGCGCGGCGCCCUGGAGCGAGGAAUUCGCUCCUGGAAUAUUGACCCUUUGUCCUGCGAUCUGAAUCAGCAACUGCAACUCUUUGUAACCCGGCAUCUGGCCCAGUUUUCUUCAGAAGUCAAAGGCCAAAGAACCCUCCAUCACCGGAGUGAUACUCUGGAGACAGUGAUCCUGGUAAACCCCAAUGUGGACAGCAUUGUGUCUGAGGUCCGCUCGCUGGUGUGCGAUUCAUCAGCCCACAAACUACUGAUCUUCUGUGGUCAGAGCUCUGACCAGGAAGGAGACUUGGUCCUGCAGACAGGGACCUUCACUUACCAGAAAUUUGCUGAGAUACUUUCAGACCCAGAGGUCACGCAGAUUCUUAGAAACACUGAUUCAGAUAUCAAGGCUUCCCUUACUGUGUCGUGCUUGGGAGAAGGAGACUGGAGCAAUCUUGGACAUCCCCGAUUUCAGGAUAUCAUUAAUCUGAAACUGAACCCCGAUCCAGUUCUGCCAGAAAUGGAUGGGGUGUCUGAGUUUGCAGAAUAUGUCUCUGAAACAGUUGAUGUGCCAUCUCCAUUUGAUCUUCUGGAGCCACCCACCUCAGGGGGCUUUUUGAAGCUUUCUAAGCCCUGCUGCUACAUAUUCCCUGGUGGAAGAGGAGAUUCUGCUCUCUUUGCUGUUAAUGGGUUUAACAUCCUUGUGGAUGGUGGCUCUGACAGGAAAUCGUGUUUCUGGAAGCUGGUAAGGCACCUGGAUAGGAUUGAUUCUAUUCUUCUGACCCACAUCGGUGCGGACAACCUACCUGGCAUCAAUGGGCUGCUGCAGAGGAAAGUUGCUGAGCAAGAGGAGGAGCAGUCCCAGGGGUCUACCAACUACAGCGACUGGAUGAAGAACCUCAUUUCUCCUGAGCUGGGGGUGGUUUUUUUUAAUGUUCCUGAAAAGCUGAAGAUGCCAGAAUCGUCCAUGAAAGUAAAGAGGAGCAUCGAAGAAGCUUGCCUGACACUGCAGUAUCUCAACAGGCUUGGCAUUAAAUCAGAGCCCCUCUACAGGGUGGUGAGCAAUACCAUUGAACCUAUCACGCUUUUCCACAAAAUGGGAGUGGGUAGGCUGGACAUGUACGUACUGAAUCCUGUCAAGGACAGUAAGGAAAUGCAGUUUCUAAUGCAGAAAUGGGCUGGUAAUAGUAAAGCAAAGACUGGCAUAAUUCUCGCAAGUGGGAAAGAAGGUGAAAUUUCCGUUCCCUAUCUCACGUCCAUCACAGCCCUGGUGGUGUGGCUGCCAGCCAGCCCAACAGAGAAAAUUGUAAGGGUUCUGUUUCCUGGAAAUGCUCCUCAAAAUAAGAUACUGGAAGGUCUUGAGAAACUCAAGCACCUGGAUUUUCUGAGGUACCCAGUGGCUACUCAGAAAGAUAUCACUGCUGGAAUACCUCCACCUGUGCUCAAGCAGACCAAAAUUAAGCAGAGAACAGACAGUAAGGAGAGUCUUAAAUCUUCCCCCAAGCCAUCUGUGACAAAGCAAGCUAAGAAAGAGGAGGCAGUUGAAGAGGGGAUUAAAGAAGUAAAACCGGAAGUCAUAAAGGAUGUUAAAAGUGAGAAAAAAGUUAAAGAACACUCUGAGAAGAUUCCCGAGAAACCUGUUAAGCAUGAAAAGAUAAAGACAGAAUCAAAUGAUGCUCUCAAAGCUGAGAAAAGAAAAAUGGCAAAAGACAAAGUUGGCAAAAAGCAUCUCAAAGAGAAAGUAUCCAAACUGGAGGAGAAGAAAGAUAAAGAAAAGAAAGAGAUUAAGAAGGAGAAAAAGGACUUUAAAAAAGAUGAUGGAAAGAAAGAGGAAAAGAAAGAUUCAAAGAAAGAAGAUAAAAAGAAAGAAACCAAACCAGAGCCCAAAAAAUUGUCUAAACCAGACUUAAAACCGUUUACUCCUGAGGUAAGGAAAACAUUAUACAAGGCAAAAGUUCCAGGCAGAAUCAAAACUGAGAAGAUCAAAGUCAAGCCUGAAAAAGAAAUACUCAGUGAUCUGAAGAUGUCACCAGUGGAGAAGUUGCCAGCAGAGGUGGAGCCAGGAGAGGCUGCCAUUGCUGAACAGAGGUUAGUCCUGUCUUCACCAGAAGAUCUUACAAAGGAUUUUGAGGAACUGAAGCAUGAGGAGAAAGGGAAUUUGCAGGUGACUCAGGAAAUGUCUGAUAUUGAAAUAAGUGAUAAAUUUAGGAGAGCACUUGAAACAGAGAUGAAAGAGCCUGCAGAUGUGACGGAUCCAAAUCAACUUGCAGUGGAUCUGAUUUUGAAAACAAACAUUCCUGAUCAGGGACCAACUACUGCUGACAGGGAAAAAGAAUCACCAGCAGAGGAGAAAGCAGUUCAUCAUCUAGAACCAACAGCAGGUCGAGCUGAAGAAACAGAGGAUGAAGAAAGAACAAUAGAUGAGGAUCUUGAGAUGAGAUACAGUGAGAGAGAAGCUGAGCAGUACAAGGAAGCUCAGCUGUUGCUAGGCAGAGAACAGGUACCAUCACACACAGCUCUCACAGCAAAAGGUGCUCUGUCACCUGCAUUCAGAGAGGAAGACAGGGAGGAGGAGGAGAAAAUCUCCUUGGACAGAAAACAGAGGGAAGCAGAAACAAAGACCUGUGAAGAGUAUAACGAGGGGACAGAAGCACGGGAGAAGGCUGAGAAGGAAAAGAGAGAGGAUAUGUUAGAAAAGGCAGAACAGGAAGAAAAGGAAGAAAAGUACAUGAAGGCAGAACAGAAAGUGGAAAAGAUGAAAGAUUUCUACGAGCUAAAUCAGGAUGAGGGGGAGGAGAAAUUGUUGACCACUGAAGAAAAGGAAAAAGAAGGUAGUGACAUGGGUGAGAAAAGCAAGUUACUUGGAAAGGAGGUAACAAAGGAGGAGUCAUUUCUGAGCAGUCUGCCAGUCCCUGCAGCAGCAGCAGUAGAACAUGUUUCAUACAUCCAAGAUGAAACUAUCCCAGGCUAUUCAGAAACAGAGCAGACCAUUUCUGAUGAAGAAAUACAUGAUGAACAGGAAGAGAGGAUCCCGCACUUGAAGUACGACGUCAAUGCAUAUGACAUUUCUGUUCCUGACCACCCCGGCUCUUUUGAAGCAGUACACGGAAUACAGGCCGUGCCUGCUGCAGACCUUGCAGCCAAAGGCUAUGCUGGCCAGGAGUCUGAAAUCUUGGCAUACCCUACAAACAUAGUGGCAGCACCUCUAGCUGAGGAGGAACAUAUAUCUUCUGCUACCUCCAUUACAGAAUGUGAUAAGCUUUCAUCUUUUGCAACUUCAGUAGCAGAAGAUCAAUCAGUGGCAUCAAUAACAGCACCACAGACAGAAGAAACUGGGAAAAGCUCUUUACUUCUGGACACAGUAAACAGCAUGCCUUCUUCUCGGACUGAAGCAACCCAAGGUGUCGACUAUGUGCCCUCCGCUGGCACAAUCUCUCCCACAUCAUCUUUGGAGGAAGACAAAUGUUUUAAAUCUCCGCUUCCUGAAGAUUUCCAUGCACUAGCAGAAGGAGAGAGAAAACUGGAAGCUCAAAAAAAGGAUCUUCCUGAAGAGGCAGAAGAUGAAGAGGAAGAAGAUGGGACUCCAAAUAUUGAAAUGCCUGAGAAACUCAGAGGGCAUUACAGUGCCCCAUUGUUUACUCAUGAAGAAUGCCCGGAUAAUGUGUUAAUGAACGUCCCCACAGAAGUGAUGCAAACUUCAGGCCUGCCGUUGUCUGCUGAAGAAACACCGUUCUCCCAGGUUGACUCUACAGAGGCUGAAGAGCGAUGCAUGAGCCCUGAUGAUAGUACAGUCAAAAUGGCAUCUCCUACUCAGUCUGGCCCCACCAGUGCAGGACACACACCUUUCCACCAAUCUCCAGUGGAGGAAAAACUAGAAACAGUAGAUUCAGAGCUAUUUGAAAAGCAAGCAGAUGCUACUGCUGAGAAGUCAGAAGGCCAGACUUCUGUUGUGGUGAAAGGAGCCAAGGAUGAACCUCUCAGAGAUGAUGAGGUGUCUGCAGCCAAGUGCAAAUAUGAAAAAGACGCACCCGGACCUGAGCAGCACAAGCUGGAUUCAGACAGUGAUGUGUCACUGUCUCCUGGGGAGGAGGUGCAGGGAGCGCCCAUGGGGAAGGAGGAGCUGCCCUGGCUGUCCUACCACAAGCAGGACACAGUGGUGAUAGGGGAGGAGGAGGAGGAGCUGCCUGUACUGCCCCAUCCCAAGAUGGAUGUGUUUCUGGAGCCAGGAAAAGAGCUGGAAACCAAAUCUGUGGCAGAAGGUUUAAUGGGCUUUUCAAAACGUUUGACCGUUGAACCUUUCUCUGCCACAGGAACAUCUGUAGGAAGUAUGGAUUCUCCACAGUUCACACACCAAACCAAAUCUGAAAGUGACGAAACCUCACGAUUUUCUCCAGAGGAUCCCAAAUUGGCUUCUUUUACAGAAGAGAAUCUUGGAAAAGAAAAAUCCCCAGAGAUUUCUAUGAAGGAGGUGGCUGCUGCAGAAGGAAAACUGCUCUGUUUUGCAGAAGACGCCUCAGAAGAAGAAAAGUCCUCCCAGGUUUCAGUUAAAGACAUUUCUCCAGAAGAGACCAAAUCUAUUUCUCUCACUGAGAGUCCCAGCAAGGAAAUCUCUUCAGACCUUUUUGUUAAGGGAAUUUCUCCAGAAGACAUCAAAUCUCUUGGUUUCGCAGAGGAUAGACCUGUGAAAGAGAAGAUGGUGUUUGACUUGACUGACAAAUUCCCUUCAGAGGCUGUGAAACCCAUGGAUUUUACAGAGCAGAGCCCAGAUGUGGAUGAAAAAUCACCAGAAGUUUCUACCAAAGGACUCAUAAAAGAAACACCAAAAUCUUUUUCUUGUCCAGAAAGGACCCAAGUGAGAGACGCAUCAGCCAGAGACACUUCCAGUGAAGAAAUGUCUCCAGAUGAUAGCAGUUUGUUUUCUCUAACUGGAGAAGGCACAUCUAGGGGAAGAACUUCAGGCUUGUUUUCUCAGGAAGUAUCUCCAGAUGCCAAGAGCUCACACUUCAUAGAACCUAGCCCAACUGAGGGUAAGACGUCAUCACGCGUUUCUACUGAGGAUGUUAAAUUUUGCAGGAUGAAGGAAGGCAGAGAAGAAAAAUCUCCAGAAAUGGAAGACUUUUACAUGAAAGAUGUAAGCAAUGAGAAGAAAGUAUGGUUUCCAGAAGAAGUGGAGGAGCUUCCUGUUCAGGGAAGGCGGCAGAGGUACGAUAAGGAGAGAGAGAGCACAUUCUUGGAUGAGGCACCAGGAUAUGAAACAAAAUCCCUUUCUAAAAUGGGGGAAGAGGAGAUUCUGUCUCCUGUAGAGCCUGACAGUCUCACCUGGAGAAGAGCAGAAAGGGAAACGUGGGGCUCUAAAUACGAGUAUCUUCAGGAAGUAAAAGACACUGGAAGAGCAGGGCAGUUACCCAGCGAGGAGGAUGAGGUUCUCCACCAUGCCAAAGACAAACCUGUUCUAAUGCAAGCAGAAGCAGAACAUUUAAAUGUGGAAUCGUGUGGUUACAAAGAAGAGACACUGCAGAGUACCAAACCUACAGCGGAAACAAAGAAUGUGAAAAUAGCUCCUGUUGACAUCUCUUUCCCAGACAGUUCUCAUCUGUCUUCUCAGUAUGUCUCUGGUGAGGAAAGUCAGGGCAAAGUGUUAACUGGAGGCAAAGAAAGGCAAGAUCUGUUGCUGACAUCUAAACAAGAUUACUCCUAUUUAGAUGAUGAGGAGAAAGCUGUCCUAGAUAUCUAUGCAAAGUCACUAGACCAAGCACUGACAGCAUCUCCCCUGGUGAGAGCAACUAGCCCUCUGGAAAAGAAGGCUGGCACAACACCAGAAACAGAGAGGCCUUACAAAGUAGAUCAGUGUGAGGCACCUCUACAGGAGGAAAUCCCAUCGAAGCCUGCAGAGAAAAAAACAGGUGUCAGUGGUUUAUAUCAGGAAAUAGAUAGAAAGCAAGAGGAUGGGUACAAAUCCGUUGAGGCUCUCUAUGACUCUACUGGAAGCAAAGAGCAGAUGGCAGCAGCAUCUGCUUUGUUGCAGUCAACAAGACAGGCAUAUGAAUACGUAGCAGCAUCCACAGAAGAAAGUGCUGCAGUGUCAGGGCAGUAUGCACACUCCUCUCUUGGACAAGUGCCUCCUCAAAAAAGUAGUGCUGCAAGCCCAGUAGCAUAUCUUCCAGAGUCCCAUUCCAGGAGCCCCCUGGACUCUCCUUCCCAAGAGGAAGAGGUCUGCAGAUCCAGAAGUGAUGACAGUUCUAUGAGACAAGAACAAGAAGAAAGAGAACCAACUCCCUACCCUGAUGAAAAAAGUUUCAAGUAUGCCGACAUCUAUGAGAAGAUAAUUGUACCUGGAGUUGGACUCUCCUCUUUCACGUCUGAGGGUGCAGACAUUCCAGGUCACGCUGACAAGGUGCCAACAACAGCACCAAGCUUCCAAAAAGAUCAAAGCUUUCACGUCUCUGCAAAGGAAGAAGAAUCCUGCCUUUAUACCUCUGCUGAGAAGGAGUUGUCAUCUCCAGCAUCCCCUAAAGAUAAAGCAGAUGCAGCCUUUGAGUAUGCAGACAUCCACGAAAAGUACCUGCCCUUGUCUGAAACAGGUAAACGUAGGCUGCCCGAAGAGAGGGAAGAACUGAAGGUAUCCUGCGCUUUGCCAGGAGAACGGGGCUCUGAAUGUCACCCAUCAUCUGCAGCCACAGCAUUUGUUUCUCCCACAGACACAUUUUAUCAAGAAAAAUCAGCAGCCCAUACUGAUGCUGCUUGUCCAGAUAAGAACAUCAUUUUGUCUAGCCAGAAACAGAUACCUCUACCCCUGAAAUCCAAAGGCCAAAAUCUGAAAGAUGUAUACUAUGAGAAAGCAGGUCAAGGGGAAGAAAACAUGAGCGACUCAGAGUUAGAAAAAGGUGCUAAUGAGAGAUCUGAAAAGGAGUUCAAACUCCACAGCCCUGACCAAGCUGCCGGCACGGUCUACGCACACAUCUCAGCGGAGGAGGAGUUCUGUAUGUCAGAACUGCUUCUGCAAAGCAAGCGUGAGGACUCCAUUUCACCCACUUCUACUGCCUCGUCACCUUCUGAGCCAUUGUGGAAAGAGGAUUAUGGCAUUAGGAAAACUACACCAGCCACCGUUCUGGGGGCGCGUGUUGCUGGCUACAGUGACCUGCCAGACAUAGGCAGAGAUGAGCAGGCUUCAGAAAUGUGCCAUUUAAGCCAAGAUUCUUUGCAAAAGAAAGAGGAUACUGGAAAAUCCACAGAGGAAUCACAUUUCUGUGUAACAGAUUAUCCAAGUACAGAGGUGGUCUUGGAGUGCUAUGAGCAAGCCACGUAUUUGAAGUCUGCUUCUGAAAAGCAGAAAGAGGAAUGCAAAAAGGUCCCAGCAGGAGAGGGCAGAGCGAUGGCUUUCUCUUCUGGAUUUGAAUGCUCACCGCUAGGGAAGAGCGAAACAUCUGGUGUGUUCAGACACGAGCAAACCUCAGCAAGUCAUUCAGGGGAUAGUUUUCUUCCUUUAAAGGCUCCUUGUGCUUUGUCCUCAGGCCAGGAGAAGAAAGAUGAGUACUUGGAGGUUUCUGAGAAGGUCAGUAGCCAUAGCUCAUCUUUAACUAAGUUCUCACUGCUGAGUCCGUAUGAAGAGGAUAAACUGUUCUCCAAAGCUGUGGAGAAAGAGUCUGUGCCCAAAGAGCAGCUGAAAGAUGACUCUUCCAGCCUGUCAGAGGAACCAUCAUCUGAAGCAACAACUCCUGUAAUACCAACUACAGCAGAAAGCUUUUACUCCCAUAUGCUUUCUGCAUACUCAAGUGCCGGAGCAGAACCAACUACCAGGAGCCUUUGGGAUGCACCUCUGCAGAUUCCAGACAGUGCUGCUAAUACCCAUGCAGCUGAAACCAAAGACUUUGUGUUAGCUGAAGAACACGGUUCUGCACUCAGUAGUAGCAUGGGUGGCAGUACUUUGCCAUGCAGGAAAGAGUACCAAAGUUCACAGCCCGCAUCGUUCUCUGCAGAGAAACAACAGCAACCCUGUGUAACUAGUCCUGAGCAGAAGGCACCAUUUACAGGGCAGCCGAUGACACUGACAUCCCUCCCUGAUGUAUUGGCAUCAUUUCCUCAUCAUCAGCAUGACGAUAAAACCACAGCUAAUGGUCCAACAGAGGUGAGCACCAGUCUGCAAGCUUUCCAAAGCACAUACCAUUCAGCAGAGGCAAAAGAUGACAAAACAUGUCCUGAUUCUGACAGCAGUUUUUCUCCAUGCACAGGCAAAGAGGACACAGAGAGACAGAGCCGUCCUUCCUCUCUGAUGUCCCCCGAACAUAGUUUCCAGCCCUUUUUCCCAGAUGUGCAGAGGGGUGGAAGAACAGAAGACCAUGGAGAUGCUUCCCAUGAGAUGGAGACACGUUUAGGAGGCAGUUUUGACUGCGGACAGAAAAUUUCCUCACGUGAAUACAAGCAGAGGAAGGGAGAACUGUCGCCCUCAUUCAUUAACCCGAGCCCUCAUGAGCUCUCUGAAGACAGUGACCUCUCACAGGAGGAAGGCCACACUUCAGUGCAAGGAAGACCACCCCGCACUAGUAGUAGCCCUGCACAAACAGCUGCAGUGGAGGAGACCCCUCCGACAUCAGUGAGUGAUUCUGGAACUUCCCAGUCAGACUCCGAUGUCCCUCCUGAGACAGAAGAAUGUCCGUCUAUCACAGCGGAUGCCAACAUGGACUCAGAUGAAGAUGCUGAUUUCCUCCCAGUGGACAAAGCUGUUGGGAGCGCUCAUCAUGUCAGUUCUAGGUCCAGCCAUGAUCCUCAGCCUGUUCCAAUGGUAGAUCCCCAUCCUCAUCCACCUCACCCCGAUGUCUGCAUGGUAGACCCUGAUAUGUUAGUGAAUGAGCAAAGCAUGAGUAGAACUGAUAAAAUUUCAAAGAAAGACUUGAAAGAAAAGAGCAAGAGUGUGAGAAAGCCUUUGAGCAAACCCAAAUCUUCCUCUCCUGCUCGUAAAUUAGAUGUGAAAGGGAAACGAUCACCCACACCUGUGAAACAGCCAUCAGACAAAUCUCCAAAAUCUGCCACUGCCAAAAAAGAAAGAGAUGGAGGAGAGAAGCCCAAACCACGUGGUGUGCUGGUGCAGCCUCCUCACACAGAGGAUGAGUUAGCCCGGAGCAGUCACAGCAACCCUGGCAAGAGCCUUGUUAAUGGCAUCAAAUCAAAUCCUGCUUCCAAUAGUCCCAAAAGCAGUUUGCCUGUGCCCACGGGGCCGCCUGUCUAUGUGGACUUGGCUUACAUCCCCAACCACUGCAGCGGAAAGAACACAGAUCCAGAGUUCUUCAAACGAGUUCGGGCGUCGUACUAUGUUGUGAGUGGGAAUGAUGCGGCCAAUGGAGAACCAAGCCGUGCGGUGCUGGAUGCGCUCCUGGAAGGAAAGUCUCAGUGGGGGGAGAACCUGCAGGUGACGUUGAUCCCAACACAUGAUACUGAGGUGACACGGGAAUGGUACCAGCAGACACAUGAGAAACAGCAGGAGCUAAACAUCAUGGUACUGGCAAGCAGCAGCACUGUUGUGAUGCAGGACGAAUCUUUCCCAGCCUGUAAGAUUGAAUUCUAAAUCUCCCAGCCCCACUUCACGUUCAUUCAUCGACUCCAAUCACCGAUGCAACAUCAGAGACACCAUCUAAUCACAGUCCAGGUCUUCUCUGGUUUAAUCCUUUACAUGGUUCCCAUUUGUCAGGCAAUCGGGUACCCAUCUAGCUCAGCACUGGAUGCCGUGAGAAAGAAGUGCAGGGCUCUGUAAUAUUCUGGACUGAGCUUAGUUUUGUGCAAGAGCAGUUGCAGGCCAGGGGCGCUUCCACUUUCCCUGCUUUAUUCUGCCGCCUGUACAGUUUCUGUAGGCUAUCUUGGCUGCCUUGCUGCUAUGAGAGCUUGUUCCACUCUCUUCCUGGCUGCCUUGCCAUUUAACUUGUAGCACCACGACCCUCGUCUUUCUGGUGAGGGCUAAAAUGCUGCUGCUGCAUGUUGACGGUGUUUGGGGGGCAGGGAGAUAGAGAAAACUAAUUUGCAAAGUAAAUGGACUGAGCUAAUGAGGGAAAGUCAAACUUUCCAAUCACAGUGUGACAGUGAAGGGCAUUCUUCCAUCUCCCAUUGUGAGCAUACAGGUGGUGUUCUAGGUGAGGAGAUUUGUGCUCCAACUGGGCAGGGCCACUGCUGGCCACUUCUGCAGGCUUCUGUCCCAAAUACUUGCUUGCAGAGUCCUGCAAUGCUGGCUCUCUGUGCUCGGGGAGCCAUACUGAAUGACAUCUUGGGUUGAGAGGAGAAUGCUCAGCCUGUUGCUCUUUGCUGCGAAGAGCACAUUCCUAACCCGCUAACUUGAGUUUUGCACACCAAGUGGCUAAUCUGCAGAGGCACAGAGGGGCCGCUACCUGAACAGUCACACUUGAGAGAAUCCAAACGCACAACUACAGCUGGUUCUAAAGCAAAAGGGCUGCAACAACCUGGCCUCUGUUGGCCUAUGAGCUUUGAGAAACCUCCCUGCUGUGGUAAACCAAAGGUUUUACUAAGGAGUGGGGUGAGGCAGCUGAGGAACUCGCAUGCCAUACUGAGAUGGUAGUGUCUGGCCCGUAGAGCUGAUGUGGGCCAGUUCUGCAAGCAACAGCAGUUUCUUUGCUACAUGUAUGCCAACAGCCCAGCUUCUUAGCUGUGUUCAAGCAUUGUUGCCUAAACUGCCCCCUUCAAAAAAGCACACCCAGGAUUUGGAGACUAGAACCUGUGGGAUGAGGAGGAAGGACUCGUUGCAGAAACACCUGGGGGAAGCAGAUCAGUGACUGUGUUAGCUCAUAGCUUCUCCGUACCUGUUUCAGGGAUGUACAUGUGUUGCCAGCACAGAGGAGCUACUUGUGGUUGCAGCUGGCAACCUGUGGUGUCUUUGCUGUAUGGCCACCCUGGCAAGCAAUGUAGCUGUGUGCUCCGAGGGCACCAUUGCUGCUGAACCCAGAACCUCCUUGGCAUACAAGCCUGUUCCAGCCGUGGGGCUGCCCCUGCAGGGGGACCAACUCUGAGAGUGCUGGUGCUCAAGCGCGCUGCGUCAGCAGCAGCAGGAAGCCUUUGCCAGAACCUGGACCAUGUUAUGAUAGGGAUGACUUUAACUUUAUGUAAGACAAAAUGAGCAGCAGUAGGUUGUGCUCCUCUGACGAAGGAGAGAUGAGAUAGAAGGCGCUGUUGCAAGGCUUGGCAUACAAGUAUUUCCAUCUGCUGCGUCACCCACUGUGCUUGGCCCUGAGCCGAGGUCUGAUUCCACAGUAAGUAUCCCAGGACGAUGGGCUGUACUUGCCUAGGACGCUUCAUUUUCUUUGCUACUGUUUUCUAGCAGCUGACACAAAGAAAAUGCCGCUUAGAAAAUUGCUCCUAGAACUAAAAUGGAGCUUCUAGGGAAUGGGUUUAUUUUGCAUUUAAUUUAUAUAUUUAUUUGUUGAUCUUAAGCUGCUUUUUGUUUGGAUUUACUGUUUUAAUUUAUACGUGUUAACUGUACACUACGUGCUCUUGGUGUCAGCUCAGAGGUUUCUCAGUACGAAUACUUAGAUGCUGCAAUUUGAAGAACAGCAAAAGGACCACGGAGAAUUUGCUGGCAACAGAAGGGAUCUCAGCUUGCAGCCUGCGAGGCUAUGUCUGAAACCCAGCAGCUGCAGGACAAAGCCCAAGGCUAGCAGCCUCUCCCUUGGGACAGUCAGCCCUUUCAAACAUACUCCGUGGUAGGAGUGUGUGAACUUACUGGGGGAUUUCUGAAAUCCCUGGGCUCUAUUCACAUUAACCAUGGAACCACAGUGUGUCUGCCAGAAUAAAUGUCAUUCUCUGCAACCCAGUGGGAUUAUUUUCUAUGAAUGUCAGGUAAAGCAAGCAAUUGUAGGCAGUAACGGACCUACUUAUGCUUUUCCCAGACGCUGCUCUGGGGUUUUGCCUUCGGUGCUUUGGGGAGAUCCUGGUUCACUUGUCAAUGGGACUGGAUGGCAGCCAUCUGCAGGAAUAAAAUGCCCAACGUCCAGUGCCGGGUAGCUAGAGAAAUAAACAUGACCUCUUCAUUGACUGGGUCCUUGGAUCCCUCAGCACGGCUAGGUAUAAAAGCUGAUGCACUAACUUUAGAUAGACCCACGUAUGAAUGUUUCUCAAUUUUAAACUUGAAGCAAUUCUAACUAAGCAGUAAGAGUGAGGCUUUGCAAGGUGCCUGCAUCCUCCCAGCAGGAGUGCAGUUGUUGGCACAUGUUUCAGUGCAAACACUUGCCCUCUGCACGCUGUGCUCCUGCACUCUGCAGCUGUGCUGCUCAGACUGCUCAAUCUUUCCCCAGUUCAAUUCUGUGUCCUCAAGACUCCACAGUUUUUUUCAGACUUUUGUGGCAGUUUCUUCUGCCUUCAGUUCCUCUCUCUCCCUUGUGAUCUUCUGAAACUAUGGGGAAAAAGAACUGUAUAAAUUCCAAUGUGUAAAGAGUCGGACUCUGCUCAGCCUGCAGGAGCCAGCAGAACCCAUCCAGAGGUAAUAGAACACUACAGAGAGAAACAGUUAAACUCUGCUUUUGCUUGUUUCUGCAUGUGGGCAACAACACGUAAUCUUCCUGUAUGUAAUAGGUACAAAAUACUAUUUUAAACCUAUAAUUAAAAAAGAAAAAAGUGAACGUCUUAACUGUAUUGAAAUGGCAACUUGUGCUCCCAGCUUCUAUGCUAAAUGUUUUAAAAACAGAGCCCUGAUUCUUUUCUUCAGCAUCAUAUUUCUGUUUGAAUUUAGUCCCUCAACCUCUGUCCUUUUGCCCUUUUCCAUAUGAAAUACUCUGUAACUAACUACUGUCAAGAGAGGAGCCCAACACAUUAAUAAUAAAGCCACAUUAAUUGCGAACAAGAA